AUGCACUUAAUUUAUGAGUCCACACACAACUGGUUACACCUGAAUUUUGUGGGGAGUAAGUAUAAAUAUCUGGAGCCAGAUUGCAUUUUUCGGCAAAAAACAUUUGGUAAUACUUACAACAUGUUCAGAUAUUUGGCUGUCAUCGUUUCCCUUUGCGUGGUUGCCUGUUUGGCUAUUGAGGAUGAUGCCCAUGCCCAUGUGGAUAAGGCAUAUAAAAAGGAAGAUGGUCAUGGGCAUUUUUCUUAUGGUUAUGAAAUAACCAAUGGCAUUGGUGCCGACGAAUCUGGCGAUGAGCAUCAGGUGAAGGGAGAAUUUCAUUUUGUUUCCAAAGAGGGUAAACCUAUAAAAAUUACCUAUACGGCUGAUGAGAAUGGCUAUCAUCCGCAAGGUGAUCUAUUGCCCACUCCUCCACCUAUUCCAGAGGCUAUAUUGAGAAACAAUUUGGCCUACAUUAAGGCACAUCCACGUAAGGAGGAGCAGCAGUCAGCCAGUCAUCGUCGUCAUUGAGAUUGAGAUUUGUAAGCGUCGAAUGUGAACAAAUAAAGUUACAAAAGCCA